AUGAAAUUAGAAUACACAUUAAACGACAACAAAAACGGCCUUGUCGUCACCGACGGCAAAGACCUUGAAGGCGAACUUGUCAUCCCUUCCGAAGAUUGCCUUGGAGGAAAGAUUUAUCCCGUAAUCGCAAUUGGAGAAGAGGCUUUUUGGGCCUGUUCAGCAUUGACUUCCAUCGUCAUUCCUGAUUCCGUAAUACCACUGAUGCAAUAA